CUCGCUGGAAACGAAAUUGGGAAAAACGUCGAUUGUUGUAGAUUUGAAUAUUUUCCCACUCAAAAAGUUCCCAACAUCCGCACAGGUUUCCUCAAUGGAAGUUGUCGGGUGUUGCCGGUGACAGACACGCUCCGCCCCGCCACAGCCGUGAGAGGAUGUCGGGAGUGGGAACCGUCCGGAGGGGUUGCUUAGUGGUGGGCUUCUAGUCGGGUGUUUACACUGGUAGUUUACUUCCAGCUGCUCGUCCCCCACUUCAUAUUUUUAUUUUGUAUUUUUUUACCCGGUUUGUUUUCGCUAUGGUCCCACGGAAGGGGCGCCUCGUUCGGCUUCGAAAGCCCAACAUCACGCGCAGUCUUCGGCUUUGGAGGAAGAAGUAACGGCGCUGCGGGACAUUAUUGACUGGAUGCAUCCUUCUGGAGCGUGGCUGCUGCUUCCCAAUAUAAAUAUAUAUAUAUAUAUAUAUAUUUUUACUUUCCGCACUUUUUACUUUCCUCUCCUCGACUAUCUCUACACGUCUUCCACACAUAUAUGGACGUGGAAUAAUAUUUUACAAAUAUCGAAUAUUUGAUGAAACUUGGUUACAAGUUGCUAUGGGCUAACCCAGCUAGCAUCUUCGAAUCCCAAACAACAAGAGGACCGUUUACCGGCUUUCAAACCAAUUUCGACAAUGUUGGAAACUAGCUGGUUAAUUCAACUUCUAAGGCUGUUGUGAGUCCACGCUCAUUCAUGUUUCCGUCGGCAUCUAAUGGAAGGUAAAGCAUUGACCAUGGUUUCAAGACUGCCCAAGUUUGGUGGGCGCUCUGCGAGUGGUGGUGCUGGACCCUUGUCCAAUGGUUCAUCUACCCAGGAUCCCAAGACUGCUCCUGCUGGAACACGUCCAAAUGGUGCAAUUCGAACCUCUCCUUUUUCCUUGAAAUGGAAGAGAGAUGAAGGGACAGUCCCCUCCAGCCUUACCACUCCUACCAGCCCUGGAGAAGGAGGCAAGGACAAGUCAAGACAACUUCCCUCAUUGGCAAAGGAGGGAAAGAGUGCCUCCCCAGGGACGCCUAUAAUGCGGCGGUCGGGUGCACUGGUGGUGGCUGCCUCAAGCCCCAAGGCCACCCCGAAGCAGUCCUUAAAAUUGGCUCCCAAAGACAGCAUCAAGCUGGGUCAAAGCUCUCUCAAUGGAGCACCUAAAACAGACCACAGUAACAAAGAGUCCUCCCGCCUUGUACGGCCCAAGUUAUCUUCCGGCUCGCUAAGAAGCAGCUCCCAAGACCGCCUUUCCCAGUCCAACGAAAGCCUGAAGUCGCUGGAACUAGACAAGAUGGUGCGCUCAAACAGCUUCACGCAUUUCAAGCAGAUUCCAUCUCCCAACAGUCAGCCUAUGAUACGUUCCUUCUCCUUUAACCGGGCUGUGGAACUGGCCAAACCUUUAGCCAACACUCAACUUCAACCACCUCGGAGUAGUUUCCUCAAACCUCCUCAGCUUAGCAAUGGACGAUUAAGUUUAGGAUUCGGGACUCUGCGUGUUGGACAUGGAGGGUCAGGAUCUUCUGGUGGUGGGACUGGAGGUGUUCAGUACAGCAGAACACCGCAAGCUGCCUCCUCACUACCUACAGCGUCAGCUCCCACCACUCCCAGUGCUUUGAAAAAGCCGCUGCUCUCCACUUGUGGUUUUAACAAGUUAUUGGGAAAUAGUAGUGGAUCUUUGGGCAUCAGGCAGCCAAAACCUGCACAGGACAAGGAGCAAAAGACUAUACUUCCAGGCUGGGUUAAAGGAGUCGUCAAACCUUCAGCUGUCCCUCCAUGUGGAGAUGCUGAACCCACAGAAAAGGUUGAAGAAGCAGUCUGUCACAAUAACUUUGUUCAAAGUCCUACUGAUGGAGGAGAAAACGAAGAAAGCGGUGUACUUCGGCAAAGCUCAUAUCAGGCAGUAGGGGAUGGUCAGGAAGACAUGUCAUUGUCUUCUGCUUCAUCCCAGGAGAGAGGGAACACCAGCGAAGAAUUUCUAGAUGACUUGGACAGUGUAGGGGAUGUGUUCAGUGAUGGGGACCCUCAUGACAAUAAGAAGAUAAAUAACUUUCUCAAUGAGACCAGUGACUGGGAUCUGGCAGGCCAAAAUGAAGAAAGCCCUAUGCAAGACUCUCGGGGAGCACUUGUGAAGUCUCCGGAGGAAGGUGAUGUCUGCCAGGCGUCAUCUUUAGAGCUGUCACCCUCCAACAGCUCUGGGGGAACCUACAUGUGGGACGAAGAAGGUCUUGAACCACUUGGAGGGCCUGGGACAUAUCCAUGCGAUCUUUACGACGACCUCAACAGCAUAGAUAUCCUGAACACCCUGCACGGCCCAGGGGCGGAAGAGGUGAAUGAUGAUGACCUCAUGCUGGAUGUAGACCUCCCAGACGAUGGUUUGCAUGACUUGGACAGAAUGUCCAACGGUGAAAGUGCACCCCGUCGACAAGGACAACGGCGUGGGCACCACCGCUGGAACAGACCCGACCACUUCCCCAAUGACGGCAGGGCACCGUUUUUCCAUCACUACGACGGCCUCAAGUCUUCGAGGAUGUCUUUACAGGCCGUUCCCUCCGAAACCAGGCGACAUGGCCACGCACCCGUACCCGAUGAGCUCUCGCUGGACCAUAUGAGCCAGGACUGUAGCUCGGUCAAGAACCAGCUGCUCAGGCUGAAAAACCUACUGCAGCUCGAGGAUACGGACUCGCCAGCAGAUGUUGAGGGGGAGAUUGAAAGCAAUACCAAUACUGCAUCCCAGUUUGAGGAGCUGCUGCAGGAGAUGCACAUUCUCCGAGAAGAACUUAGGCGUCGAGACAAGACCAUUGUUCAGCUCACUCUGAAGUGUCAGCAGAAUCAGCGGGAACAAAUGCUCGCUCAAGAACGUCAGGUGCGGUGCCAGUGCCAGCAGCAGAGGGCGCCCUCGCUACUGCGACAGCCGGGGGACAAGCGACUGCAGCGCCUGUGUGACAAGGCCACCCAGACCCACUGGAGACCCUCCAGCCACUCUCUUCAAAUACCUUUCAACCUCAACGAGCGUUUCCACCCGGGAAGACCAGUAAAAGCUCUCCCCACCGAGGGCCGCAGUGACCAGACGAGAGGUGCGAGGGCCUCUGUUGAUGCCGACGCCCCUCUUGAUGGCCUCGCAUCAAAUGUGUCACCCCCAGCGGACCCGUCGGAGCUGAGUCAUCCCCGCACUAUUCAGUGUUCAAGCUCAGGGGUCCAGUGUGAGCGGCAGGGCCCCGCCGCUAUGUCGCACGAUUCGGUCACUCCCGCGUCCGCUUAUCGCGAAGGCGGGUCACUUCCUGCUACCAAGCCGCUCAGACAGUUGUCCUCCUUGAAGCCUUUGGCCAGUAGGAGUAGGCAGCUGCCCCCUCCGUCCAGAGGCCUUCCUUGCUUUAACAACGCCCCCCGGCAGCAAAUUCUCAGCGUUUGUCGCACCUCCCCGCUUCAACUUCACAGGAUCUCUGAGCCCCACGCUGUUCCUCACGGCGGCGUAAACUCAGAGAACUCCGACCGGGGAUCGCUCAAGGAGCCGGCCAAGAUGAUCGCCGCUUCGGGUCGUUCGUGUCUCCCCAAGCCAAAGAUUCCCUGAGGAGGGUCGUCUCACACAUCAAACCAAAAUAGAAGCGGCUGCAACACUGUUGACGACUUGCAACUGCCUAUUCAGACUAUGUAGUAAGAUGAACAACACGACUCCACAGGCUGUAAGUCUGUAUACAUGUCACUUUUAUCAGUGUUGAGCACAGGGGUGGGCAAAGUAUGGCUUUGUUUUUUAAUAUAUUGUCAAUGUAUUUAUUAAUUUUUUUAUUGUUAUGGAAAGAGUGCAAAAAUUAAAAUGGGUGAGUUUUUCAGUGAAUAGCUGAGGAUAGUUUUCACAGAAAAAACCCCCACAACUGGGUACAUUUUGAGACUAGAGAACCGAGAAUAGCCAGGGUUAACUGUAUUAAUAAAUUUGUCUGUUUUAAAAAUUAAAUGUGGCCCUUCAUCACAAAAGUUUGCCCAUCUCUGGUUUAGCAGGUGCUAUUGUCCAAUUUGCAGAAGUCACUUUCAGUCCCUUCUGCUGUCUCACUUAGUUGCUUAGUUCACAGCGAAACAAGAUUGCUUGCCGUCACACGGCCGUGCCCGCCGAUCCACGGUGGCGCACGGUCGUAAAGACGGCACAGAUGCGACCUUUCCAGUGUAGUUGAAGGGCCCCAGGAGGUGGAGCAUGAAGGCUAAAAACAAGUUGUGCUAGAGAAAGUGAGUCAUGGCAGAAAAGGUGGAUUAGGUGUGAGACAAAGCUGUCUUGCAAAAAGAACUAAUGUGUGUCUGCACCAGUGUGUGCGCCGAGUGGAAGACAGCAGCACUAUAAAGUCACUAAUGAGAUCCAAUACAAGACCUGUUCGGCGUUACAAAGACAUCCAUCCAUCCAUUUUGUAUAGCACUCGUCCUCAUUUGAUGGCGUGUGAGCUGGAGUCUAUCCCAGCUGACACCCUGGACUGUCAAUCGCAGGACACAAACAACCAUUCACACCCACAUUCACACCAAUAGAAAGCCGUUUCAGUUUUUAUUCAUUGUCCUUGAUAUCCAUUUUAAGAUCCAUGUACAGUCUAGUCAUAAAGUACAGGAAGGCAGUAGUGGUUUUCCACUGCUGCCUUCCACUACGGUAUGAACUUAACUACAACCCCAAUUCCAAUGAAGUUGGGACGUUGUGUUAAACAUAAAUAAAAACAGAAUACAAUGAUUUGCAAAUAAUGUUUGACCUAUAUUUAAUUGAAUACACUACAAAGACAAGAUAUUUCAUGUUCAAACUGAUCAACUUUAUUGUUUUUAGCAAAUAAUCAUUAACUUAGAAUUUUAUGCCUGCAACACGUUCCAAAAAAGCUGGGACAGGGUCAUGUUUACCACUGUGUUACAUCACCUUUUCUUUUAACAACAUUCAAUAAAUGUUUGGGAACUGAGGACACUAAUUGUUGAAGCUUUUUAGGUGGAAUUCUUUCCCAUUCUUGCUUGAUGUACAGUUUCAGCUGUUCAACAGUCCGGGGUCUCCGUUGUCGUAUUUUACGCUUAAUAAUGCGCCACACGUUUUCAAUGGGAGACAGGUCUGGACUGCAGGCAGGCCAGUCUAGUACCUGCACUCUUUUACUACGAAGCCACGCAGUUGUAACACGUGCAGAAUGUGGUUUGACAUUGUCUUGCUGAAAUAAGCAGGGGCGUCCAUCAAAAAGACGUUGCUUGGAUGGCAGCAUAUGUUUCUCCAAAUCCUGUAUGCACCUUUCAGCAUUAAUGGUGCCUUCACAGAUGUGUAAGUUACCCAUGCCAUUGGCACUAACACAGCCCCAUACCAUCACAGAUGCUGGCUUUUGAACUUUGCGUCCAUAACAGUCUGGAUGGUUAUUUUCCUCUAUGGCCUGGAGGACACGACUUCCACAAUUUCCAAAAACAAUUUGAAAUGUGGACUCGUCGGAUCACAGAUCACUUUUCCACUUUGCAUCAGUCCAUCUCAGAUGAGCUCGGGCCCAGAGAAGCCGGCGGCGUUUCUGGGUGUUGUUGAUAAAGGGCGUUUGCUUUGCAUAGUAGAGUUUUAAGUUGCACUUACGGAUGUCACGCCGAACUGUAUUUACUGACAUUGGUUUUCUGAAGUGUUCCUGAGCCCAUGUGAUGAUAUGCUUUACACGGGCAUUCAAUGUUGGUUUUCGGCCUUGCCGCUUACAUGCAGUGAUUUCUCCAGAUUCUCUGAACCUUUUGAUGAUAUUAUGGACCGUAGAUGAUGAAAUCCCUAAAUUCCUUGCAAUUGUACAUUGAGGAACAUUGUCCUUAUACUGUUCGACUAUUUCCUCACGCACUUGUUCACAAAGAGGUGAACCUCACCCCAUCUCUGCUUGUGCAAUUCAGGGAAGCUCCUCUUAUACCCAAUCAUGGCACCCACCUGUUCCCAAUUAGUCUGUUCACCUGUGGGAUGUUCCGAGUAGGUGUUUGAUGAGCAUUCCUCAACUUUCUCAGUCUUUUUUUGCCACCUGUCCCAGCUUUUUUGUAAUGUGUUGCAGCCAUACAAUUCUAAGUUAAUGAUGAUUUGCUAAAAACAAUAAAGUGUAUCGUUUUUUUUUCUUGUCUUUGUAGUGUAUUCAAUUAAAUAUAGGUUGAACAUGAUUUGCAAACCAUUGUAUUCUGUUUUUAUUUAUGUUUAACACAACGUCCCAACUUCAUUGGAAUUGGGGUUGUAGUAAGACCCAAUCAUUCUAUUAGUGGGGCCUAGUCGUUCUCCUAGCAUGCUGAAUUAUUUUACUAGUGAGGAUAACGAGCGUACUACUAUGUGAACCUUAAGCUGGAUAUCAAGGAUAAUGAAUAAAUGCUCAAACACGUUUCCAUAAGUACCCCCCCUCUCGCCCAGUCAUUCAAGUGUGCAGAUGUGCCUAAUAUUUCGGGUUGCGAGAGUUGUGACAAACAGUUUACAAAUGAGUAAUUUGUAAAAAAUCAGCUAUCAAGGCUUCAUUAUGGUGUUUGCCUCUUUCACUCUGCUCCAUCUGUGGACAAGAAUAGAGGUGUUUAUAUGGCCUUUAUAUUAAAAAUAGAAAUCUUCCCUUUUUCCUUUUUUUCUGGACUGUCAAAUGCUCCCUAGCACGUGCCCGCAUGGCGGGCAGCGGUGUGUUAUGAAGUGCCACUGACACGGACUGUGCUCUCUUUACUGUCGGGGCCGUGUGACCGCUCGCCUCUGUACGCCUCUGGCUGGGACCGCCCGACUGUGUCCCCUCUACACAGACACAAAAACAUACAGGCCCUAUGGCACAACUGGAAUGGACAUGAAAGGAACACACACACAGACAAAAACCGCAACAGACGCUUAAAGUGGAACCUCUGAUGUCGAACACGACCUGUUUGAACUGCCACCAUUAAAAAAAUAAAAAAAUAGUCGCUGGUCCAUUGCAGGGCACAUAUAGACAAACAACCAUUCACACUAGGGGUUGAACGACUACAGAUUUGUGUUCAGUCGAGUCGACGUCGACUCAUCGAAGACGUCAUUGAUAUCUUUUCAGUUGUCAACGAUUGUCCACGCAAUUGUUUGCCUUAUGCCAAAAGUAACUGGAGCCCACUCUCCCUGGGGUCCCUGGUUACACUCGUCCCACUCGGUCACAUUCAGACACUCAUCCAAUCACAUUCAGACUCCUUUGUGGCCUUGCAGACUGUUGUAACUUGAGAUCUAAAACAAAUGUACGUAGCACAACUGCAGGGUCAUUGCUUGCUAUGUACUAUAAUAAAAAAAAAAAAAAUCACAGGAGAAGGGAAUUUCUUGCAAUAAUAUUAGCGAUCCUGCAAUUGUGAUACGGUCAUUGUUAGAGUUUUGUGAUAGUGUGAUUUGUGAUUGGAUGACUGAGUCGGGGGAGUAGAAUGAAGAGGAGCGUGGCAUCGUGUCCGUGGGAUGAAGGCUAACGCUUGGGCGGAAGAAGUUGGAUGUUUUUGACAGUAACCGUUUAUUUUCACAAUAAAGAGGUUGUUGAUCGACCACCGCUCGUCCUCGUUUCUUCAUCUAAACAGAUGCUACAGUAUAUUCUCUUUUUUUCUGUUACAGGAGAGCAUUUGGUGAUUUACCUAAUUGAUGGCUGAUGUGAGGAUUUUGGCUUUUCACCUGCUAGCAUUAGCUAUUGCCUUCAUAGUUUGACAUGCUUUUAUUAUGUUUGAGAGUAGACUUUCAUAUUUUGAAAGUAACCAAUUUCCACACGCUUGAGGCCGCUCGACUUGCUUUCUCCGAAGCAUCGAUGUUGUUAAUGCCAAAACACACGAUUGGCGAUUAGUCAUCUUCAAGCUCUUAACCGUUAACUGUAGAGUGGUAAAGUCAACUUUUUAACUAGUCUGUUCAACCCCCAAAUUCACAGAUUCACAUAUCUGGACAAUUUAAGGUCACAUACCCAAAAGGGAAAACAUUUUGCAAUUUUGGUAUAGAUUUGAGCAAGAAAAAUGAAGUAGACUUCCAUCGAUCCAUUUUCUUUCCCACUUAACCUGUUGAGAGUCGUGAAGCGCUGAAGUCUAUCGUUUGGUGCUACUUGUCCCAUACAAUUGUGGUCAAAUUCCAAAAUAGGGCCGCUUGAAUUAGGAGGUUCCAUUGAAAUAAACAGAAUGGGAGGCUUCAUGUUCUGCGGAUCCAUCGAACAGCUGCCGGAUGUUUCAGCUGUGUGCCAAACGCAGCACCGAAAGCCAAAAACAAAUAAAAUGGAGGGCGAUGCAGAGGGAGAGCCUGAGAACCAGCCUAAAACAUCAAAUGUGCCCGUGAAGUUGUUUAGACGGUUCAGAGGGGGACGUGGUGAGUGGACGAGCGUGAGGUGGAAUAUGUUUGUUUGAACGUGCCUCCCCCCUUUUUCACCACUCUCGGCCGUGUCGCUCAAUGCUUGCUAAUGCCGACCAGGAAAUCAAUGCGCUGUGUUUGUGUGUGUCAAAGAUGCGUCUGUCCACAGGGUGGGAAGGGAAACACGGUGCACGGGAAAAAGCAGCACCGGCGCCGUCCUUCACCCCACCGCGUGCCGCUGUAAGGCCCUAAUCUCCGAAUCAAUGCCCUCACUCAGUUUAAGAGUGCGGCCAAUCUGUCUCGCGCUCGCCGAAAGCACAAAGACUGAAAACACUACGGCACCGUCGAUCAAUUCUCGCACGGGGUAACUUGGCUAACUCUUAUUUUGGACUGUUUUUGGUUAGUUCCUUUUAGCGGCGUUUGCACGAGGAAGAAAGGCACCAUGAGAGGAAGGCGGGUUGUUGUGUUGAUAGAUUGUGUCGUCAGUUAACGCCGGAAUACAGUAUUGUCACAUACUGUAUAAUCCAACUUGCAUUUUCUAGAAAAGCAAUAUUUGCACUUUUCAAGCUUCCCUUUUAACUCAAGUUGCCUGCAAAAUCAUUGCUAUUCAUGGACUGUUGCACACGUAAUUUGAUUUAAGUGCCAGAAAUGUCAAUUCCUUAUGAAAUAGUGUCGGGUUCUCAAACUAUUUACGCCAAGUACCACCUUCUUUGAACAUUAAUACUCUCGCUUAAAUAUGUUUUAAUUCAAAAAAUGAUCCAAUUGAAAUGUAUUCUACAUAAGGUUAAAUGCAAAUGUAUUGAAUUUAAAAGUGAAGUACAACUGAACUGUACUUAGGCAAUGAUUGUGUGUGAUGGUGGGGGAAGACUUUGUUGUGGCCACUAAAUUGUAGCUAUAUGAAUGUUAAUUGAUACAAUUUCUCGCUCUCUUUUUUUUUUUACAAUUACUUACUGCUCGAUGAAAUUUGACAUAUUGUGUCCGCUGCAUGCACGAAUCUGCUACACAAAUUGACAAAGUGUAAUUCGGGUGUCUCGGUGAUGAAGUGCUGCCUGCAAGGGUGAAAAUGCAAAUGGUUUUACUUGGUCUUUGUGUGAGCUGCUUGAGGAAGAAUUGGCCGCUCACAUAUUCAAAAGCCCGAGUUCUGCUUUUACGAGAUCUUUAUUAGGGCUAUUAAAUUAUUAUUAUUAUUAUUUUUUUUUAAAAACUGACUUUUUUUUAUUUUUUAUAUACCUUGAUGACUUGGUAUUAUUCAUUUUACAUCUUUCUAAUGGUAAUGAAUUUCUCAUUCAUUAUCAUUAACGAGGCCUCAAAAUUCCAGGAAAUGGAAUAAAAGUGUCUGCUGUGACAAUUUGGAAGUAAAACGGAAAACUUGAGUAAAUCUUUUUAUGUAUUCAACUUGUAAAUAUGCUCAUUUUCAUUUAAAAAGACACAAAUGAAUAGAUAAACAACAAAACAUGGCAUACUUUAGAUGACUAGUAGUUACUGACUUGCAUGCGGUCGUUGGCUGUGGAAUAUGGUGAAAAAUGACUAACCCGAUGCACUUUAAAUGUUUAGGUUUUACAGCCAAGAAAUAUGCUGCCCACCAAUGUUGUGGACAUUGUGUGCUUCCUUACAUGUAAACAGUGUUAGUAUGAACUCUAUUGGUUUUAUCACUGUGGAAAUAAAUU